AUUAUUAACAUACAUUCGGGUAUAACAUGUCACGAGAUCCAAUCCUAGUGUGUUUAAAAUUUCACAUAUUCACUGUGUAGGAAACGGUUCAUUAUUCUUUUGUGUCUGAAGAUUAACCUACUUAAAUAUCGUUCUAGAUUUACAAUAUUAUAAAAAUAGUACAUUUAUCAAGGGAUCUGGAGAUAAAAAUAGCCUAAGAUGGCGGAGGUUGAUCCAGAAACGUUGCUGGAGUGGUUGCUGACGGGGCAGGGGGAUGAGAGGGAUAUGCAGCUCAUUGCCCUGGAGCAGCUAUGUAUGUUGUUGCUCAUGUCAGAUAAUGUGGACAGAUGCUUUGAAAGUUGUCCACCAAGAACAUUUUUACCGGCAUUGUGCAAAAUAUUCCUCGAUGAGUAUGCACCUGAUAAUGUUUUGGAAGUCACAGCUAGAGCAAUCACUUACUACCUGGAUGUGUCAGCUGAAUGCACUCGCAGAAUUGUGGCCAUUGAAGGCGCUGUGAAGGCUAUUUGCAGCAGACUGCUCACAGUCGACCCUAACAAUAGAACAAGUCGGGAUCUUGCCGAACAGUGUAUCAAGGUGUUGGAAUUGGUGUGCACCCGUGAGCCUGGUGCAGUGUGGGAAGGUGGUGGUUUGCCAGCCGUUUUACAUUUUAUUACCCACUAUGGCACUUCAGUGCACAAAGAUACUCUCCAUUCAGCUAUGGCUGUUGUAUCCAGGGUUUGUGGUAAGAUGGAACCAGGAGACGCUAGAGUGGGAGACGCGGUAUCGUCGCUAUCAUCUCUGUUACAGCACAGUGACACUCGCGUAGCGGACGCAGCGUUGCGUUGUUUCGCUUCGCUCGCCGAUCGGUUCGCUAGGGCUCAUGCUGAUCCUGCUCCUCUUGCUGAACAUGGACUGAUUGAAGAGCUGGUGCAUCGCCUUGGAAGCACUGAGAAUAGUGAUGAUAAAUGUUCAGUGCCCUCAGUAUCAACUACAGUGAGUCUGCUAACAACCUUAUGCCGUGGUUCCGAACAGAUAACUCACGAUUUAGUUCGUUUAGAUCUUUGUUCCGCAAUAGAAGCGGCAGUGCAAUCAGAUGAGCGUUGGAGUUUGGAGUGUAUGCGCUUAGUUGAUCUGUUGCUUGUGCUGCUGUGUGAAGGGCGACAGGCUAUACAAACUGGAUUAAACAGAAAUGGAGCUGCAUCAACAAGCAGCAGUGCAUCUGCAGUUGGCUCGUCAAAUGUGACCGCGAGUGGAGAGGGCUCAGUACGCGAUAAGUCACAUAGACAACUCAUUGAUUGUAUUAGAGGAAAAGACACAGAUGCAUUGAUGUCCGCAGUUAAUAGUGGCGCGGUUGAUGUCAAUUUCACAGAUGACGUAGGCCAGACAUUACUGAAUUGGGCCGCUGCGUUCGGAACUAGAGAAAUGGUUGAGUUCUUAUGUGAAAAAGGUGCUGAUGUAAAUCGCGGACAACGCAGUUCAUCUUUGCACUAUGCAGCUUGUUUUGGUAGGCCUGCAAUCGCCAAAGUUCUAUUACGAUAUGGUGCCAAUGCCGAUCUAAGAGACGAAGACGGUAAAACCCCACUUGAUAAAGCAAGAGAAAGGCACGAUCAAGGUAAACGGACCGGUCAUAGAGAAGUCGCUGCUAUAUUGCAGUGUCCCGGAGAAUGGCUUGUAGUCAGUAACCAGGAUUCACCAUCGUCAUCUAAUGACGAAGAUUUUCCCGAAACAGGGGAUAAGGAGAUGGCUUCGCUCUAUUUAGAGCGAUUGGUACCAGUGUUCUGCUCCCGCUACAUAGCAGCUGGCGGGGCGGGGGUAAAACGCGCGUGCCUCUCGCUGGUCCGCAAGAUGGUGCACUAUGCGCCCGCGCAUCGCCUGCGCACUAUCUCCUGCCCGCGCACCGCCUCGCUACUCACCCGUCUUAUUGCACAAGUGCUUGAUACCCAGGAUGAUCCGACGAUGUGUCGCCGGGCGCAGUCCCGGUAUCUGCGCAGUCGCUAUAUUCGCCCGCCCGUGGAUGAUGACGACGGCCAUUUAACUGUUUUGGGCAUUGCCGAAGAGCUGAUGGUGAAAGCUACAGAUAUCUAUUUGGAGCAGUUUGCGCGACUCGGCGUUUUCAGUAAAGUGGAGGCGUUAGCCGCUUCCCACCCUGCACCUGUUGUUGAAACUGCUACUGUGAUUGGUGCAGCAGCAGGCGAAUCUCGCGGCGAAGACGCGUCAUCCCUAGCCAGCGGUACCGCAUAUUCUUGGGGCGAGUGGUCGCUGUGCCGCGGCCGAGACGCGCUGUACGUGUGGAGCGACGCGGCCGCGCUCGAGCUCAGCACCGGCUCGAAUGGCUGGUUCCGCUUCUUGCUCGAUGGGAAGCUCGCCACUAUGUACUCGAGCGGCAGCCCUGAGCACCAGACGGAUAAUACUGAAAAUCGUGGUGAAUUCAUUGAUAAACUUCAGAGGGCGAGAGCGUCUGUGAAAAAUUCCGUUCCCCAGCCUAUCCUUUCAAAGCCAAGCAGUACAAAGUUAAUACUUGGAAACUGGGUUUUGUCGUGUAAAAAGGAGAAAGAACUUCACAUUCACAAUACGGAUGGCCAACAGCAAACAACUAUACUUCGUGAAGACCUACCCGGUUUUAUAUUUGAGUCAAACAGGGGAACCAAACACUCAUUUACAGCUGAAACAUUUUUGGGUCCCGACUUAGCUAGUGGCUGGGCAGAUCGUCGUCCAACAACUACUAGCAAUGGAAAUGUAACACAAGGGCGAAGUCGAUUGUCUGCCAAAACGGAAGCUCAAAAAGCACAGGUGGGUGAACGAGCUCGAGCUUUAUACUCGCGUCACUUGGCAAGCGCUGCUUGUCGCCAACCACGUCCGCCUGUGGCGAGACUUCGUGCAUUAUUGGCUGUUUUACACCGAGUCUCUGCUGAAGCUACUGAUGACUGGAAGAAAGAGCUGAGAGACACUUUAAAUCAACUCAAUGAGCUGUUGUGUGGGGAAGAAUUAUUGUCGGCCUAUGAACUACAAUCUUCCGGAUUGGCGCCUGCACUGUUUCAAGUGCUUUCACCUCAGCCAAAUGAUGCCCCUGGCCAGUUGUUAGAGCGAGAGCGCAUCAUUCGCGAGUGGCUCAUGGAAGGCGACACGGGUGCAACAGUGGCCUCUAGGCUUGUGGCUGUGCUGGAAAGUGUGGAACGUCUUCCAGUACUUGCACCAGCACCUGAUGCACCGCCCACACAUCCAGCGGCGCUGCAUCAUCUCACUAAGAGAAUACGUUUACGAGUUGAACGUGCAAGCGAUGAAACUUCUGACGAUUCCUCAUCAAGUAGUACCAGUCGUAAUCUAAGAGUGGAAGCAUUAACUACAAUUCGCCAAUUGGAAAAAUUCCUCGCCAAGUCCGUAGCACGCCAGUGGUAUGAUAUGGAGCGGCCUACAUACAAUUUUGUUCAAAAGAUUAAAGCAGAAGCUCCGAUCACAUUCUCGUAUGAUCAUGACUUUGAUGAAAACGGCGUGAUUUAUUUCAUCGGAACCAACGCAGGCACAUGCGAAUGGGUUAAUCCAGGAGCACAUGGUCUCGUCAGUGUUUGGUCUUCAGAUGGCAGACAGUUACCGUACGGUCGGGCUGAAGAUGUUCUAUCACGAUCUCCAGAACCGUUGAAUGUGCAUACUAAUGACGAUAGACGCGCCUUCAUUGCUAUUGACUUGGGACUUAAUAUUGUACCCUCUGCAUAUACGUUGCGUCACGCACGCGGAUAUGGACGAUCGGCACUUAGGAAUUGGCUGUUCCAGAUGUCGACGGACGGCGUCACGUGGAGCACGCUAGUGUCCCACACGGACGAGCAAGCGCUACAGGAGCCGGGCAGCACGGCCACGUGGCGGGUGCGCGCAGACUCGCCCUACCGCUACCUGCGCGUGCAGCAGAACGGCAAGAACGCGUCCGGGCAGAGCCAUUACUUGUCGCUGUCUGGCUUUGAAAUAUAUGGCAAGGUGGUGAGCGUAGUAGACACAGCUCCCCGUCAAGUGGGCGCCCCCACGCCAGCAGCGGGCGUGCCGGCGGGCAGCGGCGGCGCGACGGGCGGGCGCACGCGGCGGUUCAGCCGCAACCCGCGCGCGGUGUGCGCGGGCGCGAGGGUCGUGCGCGGCCCCGACUGGAAGUGGAGGGACCAGGAUGGCGCGCAGCAACCCGCUAUGGGCACGAUUACGUCGGACCUGCAUAAUGGAUGGGUGGAUGUUAAAUGGGAUCAUGGAGGUCGCAAUUCCUAUCGCAUGGGUGCUGAGGGAAAAUUUGACUUGAAACUAAUUGGAGUUUUCGAGUCGCAACGUUCACGUAAGAGCCAUUCCACACCAAGCCUGCCGGAUGCUACCAACGACAAUCAGGUGUCCGUAGCAUCAACGGAACAAGCUUCAUCAGCGGAUAACAUUUCUGGCGAGGAGAUGGCCAGCAACAUGACGCGGCCGCGCAUGCACACCGCAGACCUCUCCGCUAUUAACAACUCUACGCAUCAUAUUAAUACAGAUCUUGCAACAAUCGUAGAAUCAUUGACCCUUGGAGCUGAAGGAAAUAACUGUAUGGCAGAUUUGGCCAACACGUCAUUUACCAACAUGGAAAUGGGGCCUACAAGCAUUACAGAUAUAACCAAACCAUACCCUGCCAAAGAACCUGUGCCCGAAUCUAAUAGUCAAGAGGAGGAGCGCCGGCGCCGCAGCUCGGGGGAGGCGCAGCGCAACAGUGCCAAUGCGCUGCUCUCCGGCGAGCUGCUGGCCCUGCCCGCCUCGCUGUUGCACACGCUGCGCAAUAACGCUAACCGACUGCACAUACAGUGUGAAGAUAACGACAACGGCGAGGGUCAAUUUAAUGAGCACAAGAAUGAUGGACAAACCGGCAGCGGCGCUAUGAGCGCAAGCGAACCUGAUUUGACACAACAGGGUGCUGCAAGGCUUCUGGAGUCGUUAGGUGUGGGCCGUAUAACGAGUGGCUCACGAAACAGUACCAACCAACAACGCUCCAACCGCGGCAAUCACCCUAAUUCCUUGUUCCCUAGUCUCGUUCGUCUGGCACUUUCGAGUAAUUUCCCCGGUGGGCUUCUAUCGGCCGCGCAAAGUUACCCAUCAUUGGCGCCAAACGCACAGAACGCAUUGACACUCUCACUCACAUCUACGUCAAGUGAAAGUGAACAGGUGUCACUGGAAGACUUUCUGGAAUCAUGUCGUGCUCCAGCGCUGCUCACAGAACUGGAAGACGAUGACGAGGGAGAUGACGCGCUGGAUAGUGACAAAGAAAACGAACCCACUUAUCAUGAGGUAUGGGCGCAGGUGUCGCGCAACCUGCUGUCGCUGAUGGAGGAGGAGGCGCUGGAGGCGGUGGCGGCGCGCGGCGCGUGGCGGCCGGCCGCGGGGCAGGCCACGGGGGCCCGCAAGCCAUGGGACGACGACUUCGUGCUCAAGCGCCAGUUCUCCGCGCUCAUACCGGCCUUCGACCCGCGCCCCGGACGCACCAACCUCAACCAGACUGUUGAUCUAGAUAUUCCGUUAAACGAUGAUUCCGACGUGGAAGAAGCGGCGGAGCCCACAGCGAGCGGUAGCGACGCGACUCUAACAGAGAAUACUAGCACUACGAGCACAACGCGCUUGCCGUCUUUGAAGCUCGUGUUGAACUCGGGCGGAGUUUCGUUACCUUUGGAUAAGCCGUCUUGGACGCUCUACCGCGCCGUGUUGGCUCUAAAUGCUAAACUACCUUCGCACGAUUCGCACAGAGAUACGACGUAUACGUUAACAUACAAGGAGAUAGAGGGCGGAGAUGCAUUUGCAGUCUCGAGCGAUAGUGAAGAAGAUGAACCUGGUGAUCCUGCGGAGCGCGGCGUGGCGGGCGCGGAGGGCGAGUGGGCGAGCAUGGCGACGUGCUGCGUGCGCGUGCUGCGGCGGCUGCGCGGCGCCGUGCCCGCGCUGCCGCCCGACGCGCUGCUCUCCACCAAGCUCACCAACAAGCUGCACCACCAGCUGCAGGAGCCGCUCACGCUCGCUGCCGCCGCUACGCCCAGAUGGUGCCAACAGCUAAACGACUGGUGUCCGUUUUUAUUCCCGCUGGAGACGAGGCAAAUGUUCUUUGCGUGUACCGCUUUUGGAACAUCUAGGACGAUAGUAUGGCUUCAAGCACAACGGGAUCGUGCACUAGACAGACAAAGAGCGGGUAACACAGUAUCUCCACGUCGGGCGGAACUGGAGGCAUCUGAGUUCCGUAUGGGAAGACUGAGGCAUGAGCGAGUUAGGAUACCUAGAAAUCCUAAUCUACUGCGAUCUGCCAUGCAGGUGAUGCGCGUGCACGCGGGCCGGAAAUCAGUGCUGGAGGUUGAGUUUGCGGGUGAAGAGGGCACCGGGCUCGGUCCAACGCUCGAGUUUUACGCGCUUGUGGCUGCUGAGCUGCAGCGCGCUGACCUCAACAUGUGGCUCAACGACGCGCAUCUACACGACGCGGAAGCCGCGCCCCACCACCUCACAUUGCCCGGCGAAAAACCUGUCGGGUUCUACGUAACACGCGCGGGCGGCUUGUUCCCCGCGCCCCUCCCUCAAGACUCUGCUAUCUGUGAUAAAGUUUGCAAAUAUUUCUGGUUCCUUGGAGUAUUUUUAGCUAAGGUUUUACAAGACGGGCGGCUAGUCGAUUUACCUUUAUCUGAGCCUUUCUUAAGAAUCAUGUGCGGCGAGGAGCUAACGACUGAACAUUUGCUAGAAGUUGAUCCAAUUAGACAUAGGUUCCUAACGAGCGUUCUAAACGCCGCGGGCGAGUACGACUCGAUACAGCGCGACGCUUCGCUGGACGACGCGGAGCGGGCGAAGCGUGCGCGCGGUCUGCUAGUCGAGGGCGCUACAUUCGAAGAGCUCUCGAUCACUAUGACGCACGUGGCGUCCAACGCGGAUCCCGAAGUGGCUCUGCAACCGUUGUGCGAUGGUGGUGAUCAGAUUGAGGUGGGAGCGCACAACGCGCGCGAGUACGCAACCGCAAGCGCGCUGUGGAUGGUGCAGACGGGCGUGCGGCGACAAACCGCGGCGUUCCGGCGCGGCUUCGGCGCGGUGUUCCCGCCGCGCCGCCUGCGCGCCUUCUCGCCGCCCGAGCUGCGUCUGCUCGUGUGCGGCGAGCGCGGGCCCGUGUGGACCAGGGACCACCUGCUGCAGUACACGGAGCCCAAGCUCGGCUAUACUAGGGAUAGUCCCGGCUUCCUGCGUCUCGUUGACGUGUUGGUGGAGAUGUCGUGGCGCGAGCGCAAGGCGUUCCUGCAGUUCGCGACGGGCUGCAGCAGUCUGCCGCCCGGCGGGCUUGCCAACUUGCAUCCGAGGCUCACUGUUGUUCGAAAGGUGGACGCGGGCGACGGUUCGUACCCAUCGGUGAACACGUGCGUGCACUACCUCAAGCUGCCCGAGUACUCGUGCAAGGAGGUGCUGCGCGAGAGACUGCUCGCCGCGACCAACGAGCGCGGCUUCCACCUCAACUAGACGCAUAUGCUUACUGGGAAUGUGGGACUGAUGAAAAUUAUAGAAAAUUUAAUUAUAUGUUUUUGUAUCGGUUUGCUUAUUGGAAGGCGUUAAUGAGUGUAUUAGAAAAGUAUAAUGAUGAGAUGACGUGAUGUGUGUUCUAAAGUAUUGUAAGAUGAGGUUAAAAUAUAAUUUCAAUUAAUAAUUUUGUCUUAGGGUUAAUGAAAACUUCACUAGGUUAUUUCGCGAAUUUUCUGUGAAUCUUACAAAUAAUAAUCAGUACAAUUUGGAAAUAGUCCCAUGUUCACAGUGACCCCAAAGCACCCUAUACUAGUGCAUUACACGAAAACGCUUCAUAUUGUCACGUGUUUAAAGUUCAUUUUCGUAUUGGUACUUAGAGAUAUGGCAAGGUAUUUUACUGUUUACCUAUUAGGCUGUAAUUUAACAAAUAUAAUAAUCGAGUAACACUUUUUGUCUACUCGUUCUAUUGUAAUGGUAUAAUUAUGUAUGUUUGACUUAGGCACAAAUAUUUCACGUUUUAAUCAAAUUAUUUUUUUGUUUAAUAUUUUACUUACCUAUUGAAAGAUAAUACUUGAUAGAAUGUAUACUUGUUGCUAAUUAGAAUUCAGUGUAAGAUACAAUUUUCAAUUUAAAAAUAAACGUUUUUAAAAUUUAUUCUACAUACUUCAAUUGUGUUGAUUUGGUAACCUUAUUAACCAAUAUAUGGUAUUUUAUUAAUAAUUAAUAUUCAAGUAUGAGCUGAUUUUUCAAUCGUUGGUUAAAACUUAUUCAUCGAAUAACGUAUUAAACUGCCAUUUCAAAAUUGUGUUCUAAUUGUCCGUAUUUGACAGUUUACAGGUGACAUUUUAAAAUGUUCGUGUGAUACUUUAUUGGACGGAUAAAUUUUAACCAAGGAUUGAAAAAUCGGCCCUAAAUAUUAAAGAAAGAUUGCUCACUCCCGUUUAUAAGACCGACUUGGAAUUGAAAAUGCCGUUUUUAAAAAUAUCCUUGAAAAAAAGCGUUUUCGUAAAAUGCAAAUAUAAUUCUGAUUGAACGCCUCUUCACGUUACCUUACAAGUGCACGUUCACCAGCAUACACGUUGACUUUAAAUGUAUUAUAUUAUAUCCUAUUUACCUUUUAAUAUACUUUCUUUCAUAAUAACUUGCAUGAAAGGAACUAACAUUUUUAUAUAAUAUAACCUUGUGAUGAUUUCGAACAUGUUCUCAAAGAAAUGGAUUUUCUCAAUUAAUUUUUCAACAAAUUAAUGAAUUAAUAUUAAUUGAUAUCGUACAGACUCUUAUAUGAAACUCAUGUUCGCAUUAAAGCACCUUAUAGCAUAAAAAUCUAUGUGAAAAAAAAAAUAAUACAAAUAGAUAUAACUUAAUAUAGAUUUUUCUUUUAAGUAAUAAUAUCUUGUUUCGGGAGAAACGCUUCUACAUUACAUUUAAAAUUUUUGACUUUCAAAGCGUUAUUGUUGCCUUACUGUACUAGGUGAUAACGAUGUGUAUUUUUCUAAAAUAAUGUUUGUCGUGAGGCUAUUGUAAGAUCUCAGAUUAACUGCAUAAUAUAUCUUAUGUCGCAUUCAAUUUGUAUAAUUAUAUAAUUGGCGUUCUAUUUUAUAAUAUAACAUAUAGGUUAAGCUUUCAAUUAAUGUGUCGGUUAUUGUUUAUAUAUAAUGAGAUUUAUACUAAAAUUUAAAAAAAUCUGAGUUCUUUAUAUAUUUUUGUUUUAAUUAAUACUUACCUAAAAUUUUGUCUGAUUUUUUAAUCACAUAUAAGUUUAUUCGGUUUAAUAACGAAGCUACAUGUAGGUUAUAUUAACACAUAAUAUGGUACUAAUAUUUGCGAAACACUUUAAAAAUAAAUAGCGAAACGUGUAAUUAAAUCGGAAGAGUCAAUCCAGAUUUUCAUUUAUUCUGUGUGAGAUAAACACACGAAGUCCAUUAAAUUAUUUUCGAAUACAAGGAUGCAUUAACUCCUGAGGACUGACAAACAUGUAUUAAAUUGUAAUUUCAAGUGUUUAACACUUACAGAUUGUGGGGAACGAUAAGUAGCCUAUUAUUCCUUUAGUUAAUUGAUUUUUUCAACUAAAAGUUGUUCAUGUGAUUUGUUAAAUAAAUAUAUGAAAUAAAGUAUAUUUAGUUUAAAAUUUAUGUUAAGUGUUUAGUGGUAUUAACAUUUUAGAAUUUUGUAGAAUGUACUCUGCUAUUUGUUGUUGAGGAUUAUAUCAAUAAAAUAAGUAAAAAUUA